UUAUCAAAUGGGAAUUUGUUCCAGCAAUAAAGCCAAUAAAGUUCAUUCUCAAGAUCGCGACGUAGAUUAUAAACCUUUUGUUUUUGAUACUUCAAUUGUUCCUGAGUAGCAUCCAGAAGUGAAUACAAAGUAAACUAAUACUGUUGCUGAUCGAAUUAUUCCCCAACAUAAUAAUUCUAACCAAGCCACAACAAUUUAUAAUCGUGCUCUAGAAGAAAUGUAAUAUAUUAUGUUCAUUUUUAGGCAAAUAAAGUAACAAACAAAAUUUGAAGAUUCAUUAUUUCCUCCUCAUUAAAGUAGUCUUUCAAAGGAUACUAAUUUUAAAAAAGGUAAAAACUUAGUUUGGAAAAGACCAGACCAGUUUUUAGAACCAGGUUAAAUUAAAUUGUUUGACGUAAUAUCUAUUUAACUUGAUAGACAAUCGAUCCAAUGGACAUUAAGCAAGGUGAGCUUGGAGAUUGUUAUUUUUUAAGUUCAUUAUCUGCUUUGGCAGAAAUUCCACAAUAAGUAUAAAAAUUGUUCAGACAUCAAGAAUAUUAAUAAAAUGGUAAGAGUGUUUUUCUAAAUAAUAAGGACUUUAUGGAAUUUUUAUGUGUAACAAUGGAAUACUUUAGGAGUGUGUGAUAGAUGAUUUUAUACCAUGUCAAAAAUAAGGAGGCCCAAUAUUUUCCAAAGCAAAUGGAAAUGAAUUAUGGGUACUUCUUUUGGAAAAAGCUUACGCGAAAAUAUAUGGAUCCUACCAAAAAAUUGAAUAAGGUUUAGCCGGCUAAGCAUUAAAAGAUUUAACUGGAGCUCCAAGUGAAUAUUUUAUAAGAAAAGCUGAAACCUUAAAAGAUGCUGAUUUAUGUUGGGAAUUCAUGGAAAAAAAUGAUAAAGAAAAAUAUAUUCUAACUGCAUCAUCAGAAACAAAUGAGCAAGGAACGGAAUAAGAUAAUGGAAAUGGUAUCGUAUCUUAACAUUGCUAUGCGAUAUUGGAUUUAUAAAGGGUUAUAGGUAGUGAUGGAAAACCUGAUCGAAUAAUUAGGAUUAGAAAUGUAUAGCAUUUAAAGUAAAUUUUAUAGCCUUGGGGGCGAAAAGAAUGGAUAAAGGACUGGAGUGAUAACUCUUCAAAAUGGACUCCUGAACUAAGAGAAAGAUUAUAGGUCCACCGAAAAGAUGAUGGAAUAUUUUGGAUGAGUGUUAAUGAUUUUAUAACCGAAUUUAGUUAGGUUUGUGUAUGCAAAUUUAAACCAGAUUAUUUGUAUACAGCAACACCACUUAAAGUUGAGAAAUCAGAUGCUGUAACCACAAAAGUGAUUUUAAUGAAAGUCUACGAAAAAUCGCAUGCAUUUAUAUCCUUAACAUAAUCAGAUAAACGCUUUUUUUAGAAAGGCCAUUAAAAUUCAUUAGCCAGAUUAAUUAUCGGGGAAUUAGAUGCCCAUAAGAAAGAAGUUUUACAUUAUUCAGGUUCUGCAUUUGAUAAUGAAAGGGACAUUGUAGUGGAGAAAAUAUUUGAACCAGGAUAUUAUGCCUUAUACGUUGAAGUAGAUUGGGCCUAAAAUUAUGAUCGAUAUUUAGCAAUAUCAAGUUAUGGAUCAAAAUCAGUUUAAUUUACUGAGUUAGAAUUUCCAGCUGGGUAAGAAAAACACUCUAUCGAUAACAUUUUUAAUGGAUUUUUGAGGGCACAUGAGAGGGAUACUGAUGAAGAAAAGGUUAAAGAUAUUGAACCUGGAAUCAGAAGGAUUUCUGGAAUUGUUGGUGGCUAUAUUUAUUAUUGGUAUCAAAAUCAAACAACUAAAAAAACACUUCAUGAAGUUCUUCAUUUAAAUAGCAUAUAAAAUCUGGAAAUAUGUCCUCCUUAUUCAAAUCCAAGCAAGGUGGAAAUUUAAAUCAAACCUUUAUCAACAGUCAUGAUUAAAUAUAGAGUAACCAAGCAAGGCGGAGGUUCUUACGGAUACACAUUAAAAUGUUAAACAUAGGUUAUAGAAGCCAAAUCUGAAUAAGAUAUCAUUCAAUAAGCCAUCUAAUAAGCAGAUUAAAAAUAGUAAAGAAGUCCUUAAGGAGAAGUAUUAAUUAAUAUAUUUCAAGAAUAUAUAAGUCUUCUUUUAUCUUGUUAAGUUUCCGGCUGGAGUUGCUUUCUAUUAUGAAAAUAAAGAUCAAAGGACAUAUUAAGAAACCAUUUCAUUUGAAGUCUCUAAUUUGAAAGGAGUUGAAUUAGAUAUUUCUAAAGAUGUAGUCAUAGAAAUUCCGCCUGGUCAAUCUAAAUUGAUUAAAUUGCAAUCUAUCGAUCCAAGCUAAGGGUACUCUUAUGCAUAUUCCUUUGUGUCUAAAUUAAUGUGAG